AUGACCAGGGAGAGACCACUCGGUCCGUACCUUCAGCCGAAUAAGCUCUUCUGUCCGUCACAGGAAGAUAGCUCAGGGAAAACACAACCGAUCCCGUCGUGGCAGGAUGUUCUGGAGCUCAUCAGCAAUGCUGAGGAGCAGUACAAGGACAAAGGCGAAAAGAAUAAGGCCCGCAGGGCUCUGCGGAAAGGACAAGAUGUCGCCAAUGUCUUGAACGGGCUCGUGGAGCUGAUCCCUGACGAACACGGUCUUGGUGUUCUUAGGGUGGCGCUGUCCAAGAUUUUCACAGGAUGGAUCGAUAAGAUCAAGAACCGCGAGAAAGUCCUGAGUGCUCUGGGUGAUAUCCCCAUAACUCUCAGUGUCGCUCUCGAGCGAUGGCACAGCUUCAAAACGGACGAGCAGCUCAAGAAAGCUACCAGGCAGCUUUACGAUGACUGUAUGAACGCGAUUCGCAGGCUCAUUGAUAUUUUGAACCACAAGCAGGGCAGCAUAUCGAAAACACAACGAGUCUGUUUCGUCCUCAAACAGGCAAUACCCAGCCAUGAUGAAGCUAAGAUUGAUGAGAUCCUUGCGACUGUCACCAACGCCAAGAAGACUGUGGACAACAAUGUAGAUCGACUCGACCGGAUGAGGGCUGCAGACACACACUACAACACAGAGUUCGCUGCGUAUCAAGCUAUUGCGACGCAUCAGGCUAUUGGGGACACGAAGGGCCGCAUCAUGGAUGUUGAUAUGCAUAUCCAGACGCAGCACCAGGAAACCACGGCGCAACUCGGACAACUGGAGGCUAGGGUGGAAGCGUCAAUACAGAAGGCAGGGAGUGAUUUCUCGGCCAGGUUCUCGAACAUAGAGUCACAGUUGGCGACCAUGCAGGCCACCUUUGAGGCAAAUUCCAUGGGAGGUGUGGGGCAGAUUCCAUUGGUGUUAAUGGAGUUCAUGCAGAGGACGGAAUUGAUGUACACCUCACUUUAUUAUAUCAGUAACGAGCAGGCAUGGAAACAAAGCCUCCAACCUAUCCUGCCUCGAACUGCCAGCCCUAAUCCUCGGUCGCCUUUCACGACCGUCACCCUUGAACAGCUCAUAGACCUCAUAGGGAUCCAGCCUCUCUCUAUCGUUGAAGAUCGCGAUACGGUGCUUCGCAAAGGGCAGACUAUGCCGCCAAAUCUCCUCGGCCGGGGGCGGUACCUCCUUACGAGACCGAGAUUUCAAGACUCCUUAGCCAGUCAGGCUUCGGAUGUCCUCCUCGUCGAUGGCCACUGUAAAGAAGACUGCGAGGGAAAGAUUUCUCCGAUCUCGGUGUUUUGCGCCUCGCUCGCCGCUAUGAUGAUGCAUAAUCCUGCGUGCAUGGUCUUGCAUUUCUUCGCUGGCCAGCACUGCCUCGGCGACGACGACCCGACCAGAGGCCCUCAGGGCCUGAUGCGCAGUCUAAUCUGUCAAGUGCUGCUGUAUCCGAACCAGCCUCAACCAUAUUUAGACUGGCUGACGGACCAGACCUUUAUCAAGGAUGUCGCCGACAACAACAUCAAUGCGCUAUGCUAUCUCCUCAAGGAGCUCCUGCUGCGGACUCGGUCCGGUCCUACCUGGGAGCCUUGUUGUCAAGCUUUUGAUGACGAGCGCCGGGAAGAGCACGAAGCUUGUGGAGCAUACCAACCCAUCACAACGCUUGUCAUUGCGAGCAGGUAA